GAGCACACGCCCUGUGCCGGUCACAUAAGCUGCUGCAGGAGGCUCCUGUGUCGGGGGUCCCCAUUCUUCACCCUCCGCAGAUGCAUCCCCUUCUCCACGUGAAGACUCCUCGGUUCCUUCCAUUGAAGAGACAGCGCUGCCUCUCUGGACCCUUGACUCUGAGUCAGGCCAUGUGACUUGUUCUGGUCAAUGGGAUGCCUGCUGAUGUGACACCUGAGGAGGCUCAGGACAGACUUGUGUUUUUCUGUGCCACUGCUGUGAGCGUGUGCCUGGGCUCUGGCUGAGGGAUGAGGUGUGAGGUGAAUCAUCCCAGAUGGGGCCAUCCUGGACCAUCCAGCAGCAGCUUCUCUGGACAGAUCAAGCAUGAUCUCCUGUAUGAGAAGGAACACAGCUGCUGCUUGGGAGAGCGGACCAGCCCUGCGCACCAGCAGAUCUACAGCACCUUCGUCCCUGUCAUCCUCUCCCUCCCGCCUCUGACGCUGAGGCUUGUCCCAUACAGCAAAAUUGGCUACGAACUUUGGAUAAAGAAAAGAGUGGGGGAAGGUUCCGUGCUUCGAACUAUUCAUGGGACAGAAAUGUCCAAAAUAGUCAGGGAGAAGAAGCGAGCUGUCAUGAUGAUGGUGAAGGUGGUGGCUCUCCUUGCUGUGUGCUGGGCACCUUUCCACGUCGUUCACAUGAUGACCAAGUACAGUAAUUUUGAAAAGAAAUAUGAUGAUGUCACAAUCAAGAUGAUUUUUGCUACAGUGCAAAUCAUUGGAUUUUCCAACUCCAUCUGUAAUCCCAUUGUCUAUGCAUUUAUGAAUGAAAACUUCAAAAAAAAUGUUUUGUCUGCAGUUUGCUAUUGCAGAGUUAAAAAAAACUUCUCUCCAGCCCGAAGGCAUGGAAAUUCAGGAAUUACAAUGAUGCGGAAGAAGGCAGACUUUGCCGGGAGAGAGAACCCCGUAGAGGAGACCAAAGAAGCAUUCAGUGAUGGCAACAUUGAAGCCAAAUUGUGUGAACAGCCAGAGGAGAAAAAAUGCUGAAAGGACAUCUUUAGUGCUGAACUCUCUGAGAAUUCUGCUUCAGGCAGUGGGCAUUAAUUGCAAUGAUAUCUUACAAUUAUUAUCCAUUGUAAUCUGAAAAGAAAAUUAUUUUGAGCAAAGGUAAAAGAGUUUUUUUUAAUUCUUAAAAGGAUGACAAGAAGAAAACACAUCAUUUUUUCCAUUAGAGAAAUGCCACGAAGACACAUGAAGACAAAAUUGUGAAAAAUCAGUAACGUAUACUUCGAGAUUAUUAAUGUGAAUUUUUUAAAAGUGUUGUAGAGAAAUUAAUGUUCUUUCUAGCAGUUUUCCUCCCAUGCAGUCAAUAUAAUGUGACUUUCAAUGUAUUGCUAAAUUGGAUGAGGAGAUAACUUUAAAAUGUUAUCGUCUUUCUUGAAUAUUAAGUGGAUAGUUGAACAGUAUGAUGUCAUUUCUAGCGCACUGUUGAAAUUAGGAGGUACCGUCUCUCGCAGAUGAGGUCUGUGCCCUAAUCUUUCAGGCAACGGAGAGAGAGAAGCAGCUGAGUGGCAGGCGCGUGGACUGAGAGGCCGCGGCCUGUGUCAGGGCUGGCGGCUCGCCCGGCACCUCGCCUGCUGGCCGUGAGCACUGGCCUGUCACUUAACCUUGCCAAGCCCACAUGUUUUCAGAGUGUGCAAAUAUUUCAGUAGAUUUUUAUACAUGUAUAAAUUACGGUGUAAAAAAUAAAAACAUUAAAAUUAUUUUCAUAAAUGUUAA